AUGGUUGAACAUGAUGAGAAAACUCAAAAGUUUAACAAGUUUAAGGAUAACAAGAGAAAGUUGGACCGGGAUAAUAAUGAUUCCAACAAGAAACCAAAAGGGGGUUUUUGGAGAUGUGGCAAACCAGGGCAUUUCAAGAAAGAUUGUCGUGUGAAGAUUACUAGUGGAAACAAAACUAACAUAGCGGGUCCAAGUGGGUCAAAAGAUGCAAAUGCUUCACAAGAUGAUAUGCUUGCAUGGUGGGUUGACUCGGGUGCUAUGAGUCAUGUUUGCAAGGAUCUCAAAUGGUUUGAGGAAUUUAACCACUUGAAGAUGGAUCUGUACUAA